CAUUAACCCUAUUUAAGGGAAGUGAGGCUUGUGUAUAUAUAGACACCAGCAGCAUUUGGAGAUGCAAAACCACACCGACGACAUCAACAGCUCAUUAACGUCAGAUUGGGAAGAAAUCGUUCUCACUGGAAAUGACCGACCCGGGCUUCGGCAGUCAGUCCCCCAUUAUCAGCGACGAUGUCGAGAAUCAGGAUGGAGAGAAGCGCAGCAGAAGGGAACCAUUCACCAAGAAGCAAUGUUGUAGAAAAACCCAUAUUGCGACACUUCUCUUUGUUCUGUACGGUGGCAUGCUGGUGGCGCUGUUGGUGAAGGCCUACUACCCUGUGCCAUCAUCACCAAACUGCUCCCUACUCCUGGCACCCAUCCCUUCUAACGACAUCCUUAAACGGAUCUUCACUGGGAGGUGGAUCAUGCAGGAGGCGUACUCUAGUGACUCCCUUGAUCAGUAUGCCCUGACACACGCUAAGAGCUCCUGGGCAGAGUUCACCAGGAUGCCCGACGGCACCAUUAACCUGGACAUGGCCCACAUGCUGAGUGUCCCGCCAAACAGGACAAUGUGGUGUGUCCACCACCACUUCACGGGCAUUGAGCAACACAACAACACACUUCAACUCAAUCUGCCCGAGUUCAAAUCGUCAGCGACGUUCCAGUUCAUCAAGGCCUGCAAUGAAUGUCUGGCCAUGACGGCUAAAGCAUAUGUGCCUGGAUAUAGCCCUCUGGACUACCUGCUUGUCUAUGGUCUAUAUCCAGACUUACACGAGUAUUACAUCAAACCAACCAGACUGCAGGCCUCCUGCAAGCGCCUGGUGACCCCGCCUCCUUUCAAGUAUUAUGGAGAAGAACUCUGCCCGAAUGACGUGAAUGAGACUGAUUCUGCUGAGGCAAGAGGCAUGGAUUUUAAACACUUCUUUGUUCCACGGUGAUCAUAGUCUACAGGAAGAAAUCAAAUGGCUCUAUCAAAAACAAAUAAUCUCUCAUUGGAAAUAUUCCAUGUUUUUUUGUCUUUAAAGUGACACUAUUGUAUGCACAUAAAACACCUGCAUUUCAGCUUGACAAAACCUUGCUUCAUCUUUUAAUCCAUGGCAAUAUAUUGAUUUUCUAAAUACUUGUUACAUCCUUGAAUUUAAAUAAUAUUUUCUAUUGUGUUACUGAAACUAUAAAGGCAUUGAGUUGAUAUCUCUUUCACAUUGUUUUCAAAAGUUGUUUGUGUGUUACUUGCUGCGAGUACCAUAUCUUGCUAUAUUAUGAUUGUUUGCUGUGCUUUGCAAUCUAAUAAAUUGUUUGUCUAUGAUGUCAU